AUGGCAGAAGAGCUCCAAGCACCAGAACGAUUUGGACUAUGCAACGAUGAAAAAUGCUCGAGUUUCUUUAAGUAUUUAGACGUCUCAGUUCACACUUUUGUUGAUGGACCUGAUCCAAGAGAUCACCUUGCCAACGAAAGGAAUUUACUUACCUGGAUACGAACUGGGACUACUUUGUCGUUGAUAGGCUUUAUUACAUUAGUUGAUUUGCCUACUAAAAAGUUUGCUCCUUCUUAUUCAUUUCCUUGGACAGAGGAACCAGCUUCGACGAGUGCAAAGAUCAUAUCCUAUGCCUUUAUUGCUCUAGGAUUCACAUGCUUAAUUGUCUCUUUAUUUAAUUACUUUCGAAACCAGAGACAGAUAAUAAGGAGGUUGUUCUGGGUUGGACAUGGUUGUAUUGGAUAUUCAAUUACAAUUAUUAUUAUCGUCUUUGUUAUGUUUAUCAUGGUUAUGUCUCUAAUGGAAACUCAUUAA